AUGGCGAAAAGGGGUGUCAAAGUACUCAAAGGUGACGAGAAGAAGGAAAAAAGGGAGGAUAUGUGGCUUGCCCAAAUUGGCCAACGAGAAAACCACCGCUAUGCUUCAGACAAUUCAGAAUCAAGUUUACUGAUCCAUCAGCUUGGGCGAGACAUCUCGAUUAACUGUCUCCUCCGUUGCUCAAGGUCUUAUUAUGGCAUCAUUGCAACUUUGAAUACGGGUUUCCACUCUCUUAUACGGAGUGGUGAGCUGUACAAGUUGAGGCGACAAAUGGGAAUUGUCGAACAUUGGGUUUACUUCUCCUGCAACCUUUUGGAGUGGGAGGCUUUUGAUCCAAUCCAUCGUCGAUGGAUGCAUAUGCCUAAAAUGCAGGCCUAUGAAUGUUUCAUUCUGGGUGAGAUCGGAAUUAUAGCUGGUGGUUGUGAUCUGCGUGGAAAUAUUUUGAGCUCAGCAGAGCUUUAUAAUUCUGAAACUGGCAGGUGGGAGACCAUUCCAAGAAUGAAUAAGGCUAGAAGAAUGUGUUCUGCGGUGUUCAUGGAGGGGAAGUUUUAUGUUAUUGGUGGCAUUGGGGUUGAGAGUUUGAAGACAAUAACAUCCGUAGAGGUGUAUGAUUUGAAGACCAAGACUUGGAGUGAGAUACCUAACAUGUACCCUACACCAAACGAGGGGGCUGGACCAACAGAAGAACCUCUUACAGCUGAGGCACCUCCUCUAGUGGCAGUUGUGAAUGAUGUGUUGUAUGUAGCUGAUCAUGUACUGAAGCAAGUGAAGAAAUAUGACAAGGAGAAGAACUUGUGGGUAACGGUAGGGCCAUUCCCUGAGCGUACAACCUCAAUGAAUGGGUGGGGGAUAGCAUUUAGGGCAUGCGGGGAUCAGCUAAUGAUUAUUGGAGGACCUAGGGUUUUAGGUGCAGGGUUUGUUGAGAUCUACUCUUGGGUCCCAAAGGAGGGGCCACUAGAAUGGAACUUGGUCGCCAGAAAGCCCUCUAGCAGUUUUGUGUAUAACUGUGCCGUCAUGGGAUGCUGACAUGUGCAUCUAGUUUCGGUGGCACCCUGGUUUUGCAUAAAGUCUUUUUCUGCUACAACCCACAGACACAGUCAUAAGAGGAGGUUUGAAGAUUUCGGCCCUUCUUAGUUUUAUUAUGUUUUGUAACUUUCCUUCCAUUUUCUUUGUUGUUCCUUUUGUUGAGUGGUUGCCAUCAGGGUUUGUUAAAGUUUGUGUUAUGUAGAACAAAGCAUAGUUCCAUAACAAAGUCCAAUUACAUUUUAGACUGUU